AUGGAACUCUGUGUCUCUUUGAUUCUCUUUCUGAUUUCUCUGCCAGCAUUUUUGGCCAAAGAUGUUGGACAUGCUAGCGUUGUAGUUGAUGGGACAGUAGCUACUGCACAGAGCUUGUCUCAUCCUCUGAUUGCCAAGUCAAUUCAAGGAGAUUUGAAAUAUCCUUGCCAUCCUUUCAGAAAGCAGAAGGGUGGAUUGUUUGGAUUUUCUACAGGAUGUUUACCUAUGAGUAGAUGGGAUGAGCUUAACCAUUUUUUCAGCAAGAUGAGGCCCCUUGUCACAUUUAGCUUGAAUGCACUGUCAGGGAGGCACCACAAAGGCGCGGAUGUUUGGGUAUCAGAAGUGGGAAGGGUUGGUACUGCAGGACUUGGGAAGGUUGUGGAAGUUUUGGACACCUUUGGCAGUAGCAUGACAAAUUUAAACCCUAGUAGUGGUUUUACCUCUGGGGUGACAACAAAAGGGAACAAAAUUUCAAUUUUGGCUUUUGAAGUUGCAAACACAAUUGUUAAGGGUUCAAAUUUAAUGCAAUCCCUUUCAAAGGAUAACAUCAAACAUUUGAAAGAGGUUGUGCUUCCAUCUGAAGGGGUACAGAAUUCAAUAUCGAGAGAUAUGGAUGAACUCCUGAGAACUGCUGCAGCUGACAAGGGAGAAGAACUUAGUGUCUUUUCGGGAGAAGUUGUGCGUUUCGGAUAUCAUUGUAAAGAUCCUCAGUGGCACAAUUUGGAUUGCUACUUUGAGAAGUAAUCCUAACAAAUCUUGUUUGUUUUCGUAGUGUAUACUCAAUUUAAUCCAUGUCAAAUUCUGAGGAUCACCUGUGCUAUAUUUAGAUUGGGUUCAGAACUUACACCUCAAAGGCAAUUGAAGGAGGAUGCAGAAAUAGUGAUGCAACAAUUG